GUCCACACCUCUUAAAGUUGGCAAGGUUGAAAAACACUGGCAUAAACAAUGAAAGUGCAGGAUGUGGGUUGUAGGGAUAGAUGCAUCCACAUGAACAACAAGAUCGGAAUUAUGGAAAAUAAGCUGAUUUCAUUCCAAUCAGUGCACAUCCCACCACCAUGUCGAGGGGCAGAAUGCAGAUCACCUACCCAUCCUUUGGAUUACAUCAGCUCCCUGUGUUUGCCAGCAGACAUUGUGGCAGGCAUGAGAAAAAAGGGCAAGGAAAUCCCGGUUUAAAGAAUAAUCCCAGGUCCCAUGUGUGGAUUAGAGCAUCAGUGUUGCCCGGCUGAAUCAAACUAAAGCUCAUUUCGUUCUCAUGGUGGCCUUCCAGAUGCUUCUCGGGGCCUUGGAAGAAGAGAUGGGGACCCUUCUCCCACUCUUGCUGAAGUCUUCAAGACCAAUAGCCCCUGAUAGAGCUGUCCUUCUUGAAUUUAUCUAAUCCCCGCUCAAAGCCACCCGAGUCAGUGACCAUCUCCAUGGCUUCUGGCAGCGAAUUCCACAAGUUAUGUUCAAAGUUCUUUGGAUCCUGGCAAAAAUGUGCAGUAACGCCCUGGACAUCUCAACUUUCACGUCUGUCAGAUGAGUGCCUUGGAAAUGUUCCCCAAGUGGAGGUUUACUAGUGUUUUUAGGAAUGGGCUCCGUUUGGAUGAGCGGCCUGUGCAAAAUGUCGUAAUCCUUGUGGUCAGCAUCGCUCUGAGAAUUGUUCGCACCUUUCCGAAAUGUGCUCCCGCCUCCUCCCCCCGCACCAAAAGGGCCUUUGGAAAGAAACACCCGGCUGUGCCUUGGUCUCACUCACCCAGUUCCAAAUCUGCAGCUGAAAAGGCAUCAUUUUUGUUUGGUUUCGUUCGUCUUCAAGGGCGGAGGAAUAAUGAACAUCGUUGACUUUAAAUGCAUUUCUUCACUGCCUCCUUGGUUUCAGCUUGUGGCUCCUGCAACAAGAGGCCCCUUUUCAUUCCCUUCCGCCAACGGGGAGGGUGUCUUGGCAUCCUUCCAUCAAGGCUGGCAAGAAAUCCAAGUUCACAAGGAAGGAGGGGAGAAACAUCAACAGUCAAGGAACUUGAAGCAAUCCUGAAGGCCACGGGGCUCCAAUGAAAGGGGAACGGUUUUGUUGGGAGCCUAAACGGAUCCCCCAUUAAGCCCCAUCGUCUCCGCAGAAGCAAAGGGGCGUCCGCCCUUCCUCUCCUCCCUCGUCCUCCUGCACUGCAGGGCACAAAUGCUGAGCCCACCUAGUACCGUCCCUGAGAAGGGGGGGAGCCUCACCCCCAACUACGGAGGCCUGCAGAGUCUUAUCUCCUAAGGAGAGUUGAUUUUUAGGAUACAUAUAUAUUUUCAAGAAGAAUUCUGCCUCCCAUCACCAGAAAUGUUAACCAUAAAGUUGCCACAAAUCUUCAGGGUCCAUCAAGUACCUCGGAUUUUCUGGGAAGAAGGCAUCAUGUCAGGGUACCGACACCCCAAAAGUUCUGCCUUGGAUUGUAUUCUCAGCUCCUUCCAGCUGAACAAUGAAACGGUCAACAUUUGGACCCACUUCCUUCCAACUUGGUAUUUCUUAUGGCGGCUUGUGAUGCUUUCCUAUUGCCUGGACUUCUGGAGCGAUGCCUACAGCUGGCCAUUCCUGGCAUACAUGACUCUGGUCUGCCUCUAUCCGUUCACAUCGAGCUGCGCUCACACCUUCAGCACCAUGUCCACGCACGCGCGACACAUCUGCUACUUCUUGGACUACAAUGCCCUCAGCCUCUACAGUUUGGGUUCCUGGAGCUGGAGUGGCCCCGCUGGAGCAAGGCCGUCAGGACAGCCGCCUUCGUCUACCCGUUCUUCUUCGACAACGUCCCGCUGUUCUUCAGGCUUCUGUUCUGUUUUGGCGACGAUUGCACAUGGAAUGACUCUGUGGCCAGUUACUUCUAUCACCUCUCCUUUGCCAUGCUCACCGGCUUCCUCUUUGCGUCGCACCUGCCAGAACGGCUGGCUCCCGGUCGCUUUGAUUUCAUUGGUCAUAGCCACCAGCUGUUUCACAUCUGCGCUGUGGUUGGCACUCAUUUCCAGCUGGAAGCAAUUCUGGGGGACAUGCACUCUCGCCGGGCCUGGCUCAGCGUCCACACCCCACCGGCCAUGUUCACCCGCACCUUUGCCAUCCUGGGUGCCACCUUGCUGGGGAACCUCCUCCUCUUCGCAGCGUUCGCCGCGGCCCUCUUCCGCUUGCCGGCCUCCAUCCGGAUCCUCCAGGGCAACCUCCCGGAGUGGGAGGGGCACAAGGACAAGUAGGCUGCCUGGGGACACAGCGGUGGCCCUUCUGAACUGCGGGGACAGCCAGCUCGCCGGGGACACCUUCGUACCUCAAGAUUGUGUGUGCAUGGAGGAAAAACGCACCCUGGUCAAGAAGGGAGUCCCCCAUGUUACCAUUCCCCCCGAACCUGAGCAUUUGAAACUUGUGGUUAGGCUUGGUGUCUCUCCACACCAAUGUCUCCUGUUCGGGACAGGCUGCAAGAUCGGGCAGCUGUGUGUCCCCCUGCACUCGCCUCUGCAAAUACUUGCCAAGCAGAAGAAACAUGGGCUCAAACGUUGCUUGGGGCUUUCUGAAUUUUUGAACAGCGGCUGGUGCUCCUCUUCCCUCAGUUCUGCCCGAGUCCAAGAAUUCAAGGCUAAAGUCAGGGGGUCCACAGGGUAAGGUGAAAAAAGUCAAGAUGGCGGCCAUAACGAGGGAACGCAGGGGAAGCUUGGCGAAGCUCAAGGAAAGCAGUCGAUGGCUUAACUGCCUGUUUGAAGCCAGACCUUCAGUUUUUCUGUUUAGAAAAUCUCAUGUUUUGGUGUGAGGAACAGGAGGGGCCCUAAAUAAGUCUAAAACCUAAGCACUUGAUGCGCAGAAGGGAAGUUAUCUUGGAGGAGCCAAAGAGGUGGUAGAAAACAAUAGCUGGAAGUAGCCACAUCAGACGGACCAAGGAUGUAGCAAAAACAGUUGGAUGGUCGAGGCAGGUUGUAGAUCGAUCUGGAAGGAAAAGGACUCUCCAAGCUGGUCUUCCCUUUGAUCUUUGGAUAAAGAGAGCCGUUGUCUAGAGGGGAUGGCGGGGUGGAAGUCUGAAGGUUUCAUGCAGGGAUUGUAGAAGAGAAGGACUGUGGCAGCGAAGCAAAGGAUUUCGAAAAGGAUCUCCCGUCCCAAAGUGGAGUUUCGGAUUCACUCCUGGAGCUGAACCAGCCUCUGCAGGAGGAACCUGAGAGACGGGAUGGAUUUUCUAUUGUUCUAAAUCAGUCUUCUCCAACCUCUUACAUUUUGCGAUGCAAGAUUUGAAUCAUUUAGAACAGGGCUGGCUGGGGAAUUCUGGGAGUUGAAGUCCACACAUCUUCAAGUUGCCCAGGUUGAGAAACACAACUUUUGGGUGAUUUUCUCCCCCUGCCCCAAAUCUUUCAUUUUGCAGCUUGGAUACUAAAUGCAUCUUCACGUUCUAAGAAACAGCGUAUUCAUAGGAGAAGGGCUCAGAUUGAUCCAGGAGUGGUUGAAUUUGCAUCCUCCAGCAGGAUGAUCAGCCCCGAAAAAAGAAUGAAAAUAAGAGAAAGCAGAACAGUGAUAAUUUUAAUAAUAAUGAGAGCAUCGAUAGCUAUGACGUUGAUAAAAAGCAAUAGUUAAAGGCAGGUUUAGACACUCUAGAGAGAGUUAAGGAAACUUGUGGAGAAGCCCACCAAAGUGGGUUGGGCUGAUGUUUUUUAGUGGGAAAAAAACUGAGAGUGGCUGUUCUACACAUGAAAAAUGGGAGGAGCUUUCACUGCACCUUGGUGGCCACCAUCUUGACUUUUUUGACCACACCUUGUGGACAGCCCUGUCCAAGGGGGAAAGGAAAGUGCUGCGCUACAUCUGAUCAGCCCUAGAACUCCAUUCCAACCAUCUGAAAGGGAAUAUCUCUUGCUCACUUGCCUUGUACCAAACAUUGGCCCAUUGGAAUGAUCUGAUGUUGAAUUUUGAAAAAACAAAACAACCUGUGCCCACCGAAACAUUGAAUGAAAAGCUGGACCUUCUUGGAAGUAGCCACAGGAACCAAAAAAAACCCCUCCCAAACCAGUAGGAUCUGUUUGUACCUUAAUAUUACUCUUCUUUAUAAUGGGUUUAAUAGUUUUUUAAAGUAGAGACAAUAGCAGCUACUGCGCUUAAAUGUUCUUUCUGAAAGGUGUUUCCACCCCUCCACUAACCUCUCCACCAUGUGUGUUAUUUGUCACACUCCUCACUACCACCACCACCAACUUUAAUAGACUUUUGCACAAAGAUUCUCUUAAUCGUGUUGCUGCUUUUUAAAAAAGUCUGUGCAUUGUACCAUUUCUAUCUACUAACUUUAAAGCACAGUUUCAUGUAGCAUAGGUGCAUGCAUAUACUUGUCUUCUAAUUUAUUUUGCAACAAAUUUCAGUGGGGGGGGGAGGGUUUAAAACUUUAAAAUGGCCUGAGUUUGAGACACGUAUUAUAGGCAGAACUCGACAGACUUGUGUUGUGGCAAAACUAUGAUGGGAAAACAUUGUUGGCUGGAUUUCUAUCCACACGCAGGUAUCAAAGGCACAGGAGUCUUUCUAGGAAAAGGGAAUUUUGACAAUUUUAUCAGUAAUGGUGAUGGUGGUGAUGUGCUAAGCUUCAAGCAGUUUUCUCCAACAGGUGCCUUCUACAUUUUGGCUGGCCCUGUUCCCACAACACACUUGUCCCGGUGAGUCUCCAACUCAGUCAGAUCCGUUCCCAGUGGUUCUGGCAGCACGCGAUUCCAAUAAUGGGGUCAAAGCUCCCUGUUCACUUUUCUACCUAGCAUCCCACAGCACAGUAUUUCUCAGCCUCAGCAACGUUAAGAUGUGUGGACUUCUGGGAGUUGAAGUCCAUACAUCUUGGAGCUGCUGAGGUUGAGAGGCACUGCUAUAGCAUUACUAGCCCUUUUCCAUUGGCCAGGAAGGCAGAAGUAGGUGUGGCUUGGCCAAUGCAGCCAAUCAGGGUUGGAAAGGCGUGUGCAGCGUUGCCAUGCCUUGGCAGCGAAUUCUAUAAUGGAGAGGCUUGCUUUUUCAGUUGCUCUUUCUCUCCAACUCUGUUUCUUGGAGGACUAGACAGGCGACAGAAGUUAAGCCACUGGGCUUACUGUUCCCAGCACAGCUGACUAACAAAGUUUGAUUACCCCUGUAUAUUUGGAUCUGUUCUGAGGGUUUGUUGAUUGAGCUAAUUGAUCCCUUUGGGAGUUCUCGCAAUACAGUAACUCUUUAAUUAACUCACAGUUAAUUAGUGAUGUGGGACAGCCCCAAUGUAUUUUAAAGAGUC